UGUUUUUGAAAUUUAUUACAAAAAUAUCAAUAUUAUGACAGUGAACUUUCCACAACGUUUUCGAAAUGCUAGUGGCCAAGUCGACAACGCUCAAUGACCUGGUCAGCGACACAACGCUGAAGUCCAAGGCAGCUUCCUUCCUAGAAGCGCCCCAUCUCGCGCAACCCCACGAGGACUUUACCGACGGCAUCCCGUACCUCUAUGUUGGCCAAGGAGAAUUGGCCUAUUCGUAUCAUAGCCAUCCCCUCGCGCUGGUGUCCGACGACGCCACGACGUGCUGUAUCGUAAUGCUGCACGACUCGGCGCGCUUUUGUCUCGCGCACGUGGACUCGUCAAAGCAAGUUCGGUUCCUCUUUGACCACUGGAAAUCGACUCGGGCGGUGGACGACUCUUCGACCACGAAAGUUCACGUCGUUGGUGGCUACGAGGACGAGAACGGCACGGGGCAUGCCAUCGUGGAGUCGAUUUUGUCGGCCAUGCAAGUUGGACCCCGUCCAUUUCAAGUGGAGCUGUGGGUGACUGGCCCGCUCAACACGCUUCCACCGAACGCAUCGUCUGCGUUCGCACUUCCACGAGCCCGAGGUGCCCUGUGCAUUGGAUCUGCCGCUGGUUGUGCUGCUUCCAGCGUGGACUUCGCUCCCAACACAUACCGCGGUCCGUUGUUCAACCAACGCAUGGCGUGCACUCCUUCCACUCCUCUGCAUCUGUUGAAGACGUGUCCUGCCUUGGAAUGUACGUUGGGACCGUACACGCGCCUUAGCUUGACAUUGCAACCGUCAGAUGAGCCUAAGUUCCAAACGUGGAUCGAUGACGCAUCGGACGAGGAAUUCUUGAGCCGGUGGUCCACGUCACCAUAUGCCGAAGGGCCCAAGUUCGUGGCUGAUGUGAAGGCGCGAUUUCAAUUUUGCAUCGACCAGGUGGGCCGCCACCACCAGCACACGGUGCUCCAUCGCACGCAACGGUACCAGUACGACUGUGAAACCCACGAGUGGGUUGGAGUACUGUAGUAGUAGCACAGUCGCCGGCGACUGCAUCUUGAAACCUGCUAUUCAAGGUUCGGAGAGUCAGCAAAACUGGGCUAGAGUCAUACUUAGAGAUGUACACAAGUGUUUGUGCUCUUGGGAAUAUACUAAGUAGUACUUAGUACUCAGUAUAUACUGAAGUACUAUUAAUAGUACAGUACGUUCAAA